UACAACUAAAAUAUAUAUAUAUAUGUUUUCUAUCAGCGCUUAAACAUGCGAUCUGUAAGUCAAAGCUUUGGGUUGUAAUCUCAAAAUUUCUGCUACAUAACUUGAUUUUCGGGGGGUCAACUUCUUGUUAUGUUUAAGUCUAAGACCAACGCUAAAACUUACCUCAACCCCAGUUUUGUUAGAAAGUUGAAAUUUAUAUAUAUCUAUAUAUAUCUAUUAUUUUAUUUUAUUUUUUUUAAUUUAUUAUUCAUAUAUAUCUCUGUCGAUAUGAAGCGUUCAGGGGGUGAAGGCCGAGUUUUUGAAAGAUAGGAAUGAACCAUACUGGGUUAACAAAGACUGCCUCCAGGCUGCAGGGAACUGUGUUACUGUUGGUGGAAGAGUGGAUGUAAGAUUGGGGUCUCUAAAUGUAGGGACAGGGCAGAAGGUUGGAUGUCAAAGAUAGGGUGUGAUGGAGGCAGGUGAAGCACUGUGAUCAGCUGGUUGGCCUAUGUGCGCUGUUUUGCCAACAGGGACGUUGCAGAGCGCCCUCUGGUGGACAAUCAUUCCAACAUCAACAAUCAUAAAAUAUAACAGCGUUUGUGUUUCCCUUUUUUACUUUUUCAUUUCCAUUUAUCGGCCAUUAUAACUGUAGACACCGACGUAUCAGCUAAAAUCAGCCCCACUUAUAUACUGGGUGGGUUUUACAGUUUAGUAAUCAACAGAACAGUUUCCUAGAACUGUUUAAAUAUCACGGAUAAAUAUUUACUUUGUAGAAUUCAUACAUAUAUGCAGCUUAGCUGUUUGUUUUUAAACAUAUUUUUGCAAAAGCUGCAAUUUUCAGAAAUCUAAUUUAUAAGAGAGCGACGGGUACUCUUCACUGUUUUAUUAGUCACUAAUAAAAAAUAGCACCUGCAUCACUGUGCGAAUCUUAAAAUGUUAAACAAGUUUCUUUUCAAAAUCUAAACCCUUCAUGUAGUGACCAGAAUACAACAUCUGCCCUGCGUGCUCCUUGGCACACAAAGAGGUUUAAAAGAGAGGCCCAUCAUUAAGCUUCCACACUUGACAGUUUCCCUAAUUGGAAACUGUUUCCGCUACCUGUCUUCGUCACAUUUACGCACCCUUUGAUGCAUUUGCUGGAGGACAAAGGGAUGUGGAAAAGUAUAAAAGGUGCCUCUCCCCACUCCUGUUUGAAAAUCUACAGACGCUCCGAGCCUGUGUGCAGAGAGGGUUAAAGAGAUUUAAACAUGAAUAAAAAUCCCGUCACCAGAACGUUCACCAUUGGAGCUAUCUGCAAUGGAAGCAAAGCCUCAGAUGAUUUCCCCACAGGACGUAGGCACAGCAGUGCAGGGAUCCAGGCGCUUUCGUGGGCUACCGGCACCGCAAAGUCCUUCGAUUCCCAUGAGAACAUUUUUCCGAAUAUCCUGACUCCCGACAGCAUCCCACAGUUCACCAUUCCAAGUCUGUCUGUGCAGACUGGCUUCAGAUCACUGGACAAGGAAAGUAACAAAGAGAGAGAAGGGGGCUCCGAGACGGCGCCAGAGUCCUCUGUUUCUUCGGCCUGCGCCACGGUCUCGUCAUCUGCAUCAUUCUCCAGCUUUGCUUUAGUUCGGUCAGAGCGCAAAGCUGAACGGUGUGCUUCAGACCCUUUAACCAAGAGGAGAUCUCUCCUUCAGAGGGAGCCGCACUCUCCUUGCUCCUACAGUGAGACCCAGCAUUGCCUUGACCCCGCAAGCAAAGCCGCUCUCUCCCUGCCGCACUUGACCAAAAUCACCACCCCCUACGGCUUCGUCACCUUAAGCCAGAGCCCCCAGAUGGCGAGCGAGGAGGCACUUCUCUGCCAAGCAGGCCCGCACCGCUUAAACAAAGAUGACAAGAAUUCAUACUGGCUCAGCAAAGCUCCCGGGAAAAGCACAGAAGACAUUAAAGGCGAGUCCUCCCACCUGUCAGGGCCGGAGAAGAGGCUAUCCAAACACUUGGCUGACUCACAGCCUAACAGAGCGCUACAGGCUUCUUCUGCCUCCUCCACCACAGUUUCAUCAUCUCCACCACCAAGGCAACCAGAUGAGAGGCGUAAACCCCGCUUCUACGAGGUCAUAAAGAAACACUUCAUCUCCCGCCAUUAGAAACAUCACUAUAUAUUUGACUAUGUGGUAACAAUGCCAAGAAAAUAUGUUAUGUAUUUAUUUAAAUUUGCAUGUAAAAUAAAAGUUUUUCUCCCGUGUAAAACACUGAAAACUGAUUAAAUUGUACCAGAUUUUGUCACUACUCUGGCGUCACUUUCAAAAUUCGAUUUAGUAUUGAAGCACCUGGUUCUGGUUAACCAAAUUUCAGAACCCUUUGGGACAUUUUUUCAGGUCUUCUGGUAUACCCACCGCACGUCUGGUCAACACUUCCUCUUCUGUCUGCUUGUCAUUGCACACAUUGAAUACUGAGAAUUUUUUAAAAGCUUAUCACACCGUCACAAGGUUUCGAGACCGUUUGUCCGUAUACCUGCAUGCAACUAAAACUCAGACAUGAUU